ACCCGGCAGACGUUGUCCUGCAUAGUAGGCGAGAAUGCGCGUUGUGAACCGCGCAUGCUACACUUCCAUAUGAGUUUUUAUUUAAUUUUUCCACGAAUUCUCAAUUUUAUUCGUGAUAUUCACGAUAGGAAACUAUAGUAUAAACCUGGGACGUCGGUAAUAAUAACGAACAGAUUUGCUGAAGGAAUGAACAAAAUCAACACAGCCGUUUUCAAUGUAUAUGCGGAUACGAACAUUUUUAUAUAGAUGAUGAAUAAGAAGCAGAAAAGAUAUGCCUGAAUGUCGACAUGACGAAUGCUUAUUGCGUCAGUUCUUUGAGUGCGCUACGUGACUGAGGUUCCAGUUGAAUUAAAUUGAAGUUCGAUUCUAACGGAGUCAUCUUCGGCUUAGUCGAUUAAUAGCUGAAGUCCAGGAUUAUCUAUACUGUGGUGAAACAGAAGAGAGAUACGCAAUGGCCGCUAAAAAUGUGAAAGUGAAGACCACCUACAAGAGUAUUGACGACGCAGGAGAACAUGGCUUUAUAUAUCAACGUUUCCUUGCGUAUGGAAUAUACUUAAGGCUGAUUCGUCUCAACCGUGGCUUCAGUUUCUACACCGAAUGGAAAGACGCGGGCAAAUUCGACGAUAUUGCGUUUGAAAUCAAACGAGGAAACACCAUAGAGCAGGGUUUCUAUAUACAGGUGAAGCAUACCGCUGAACCGACGAUAAUCGAUCACAUCCAAUUGUUUCCCAACGAUGAAAAACAGAAACGUGAUGGUGAUUUUAGUAUAUACAAAUAUGUGAAAUCUUAUUUCAUUUUGCGAAGGACAAAUCAAAAUAAGAAAAAAAUGAUCAUAUUCACAAAUCGGGGUUUUCAAGAAAAUACUGAGCUGCUGAAAUUAGUGUCAAUUGCCACUGACAAGACUGAAACAAUAAUGGAUGAAGUUCUAUUGGGUUCAGAUACAUCUGGAAAAAGCGUGACAUUCGAACCAACUGAAUAUGGCUACAGUCAACUUUCGGAUUAUAUUAAUAACGAUUUUCUGUCCCUGAAGGAUGCCAUAGGCAAUCUCUUCAAGUAUGGCAUAGUUUCUGAUAUACUGAGCACUCACAAAUACCUUUUACGUAAAAUUCUCAAACAAACGACAAAAUAUAUAACCUUCAAGGAUGGGUUCAACGAGCACAACCCAAAUCAAGGAAUAGUUAAACUAUUUCGAACAAUCGAAUCAGCAUUAGAAGUUAAGAGUGCGAGUGUUUUACCAAAAAUUGAACUUUUCAAAACGUGGCCCCAUGCAGACGACUUAAUUCCGAUUAAAAAUGCUAUCGUUAAGUUAAUCCAGACUGGAAAUGUGCCUGACAUAUUGAGGGACUAUAAAACUGUUUUGAUGAAAAUCAUUGAAAAAUCAGGACAGGAGCUGUGUUUUGCGAAAUCAUUUAUUGAAAAUAGUAAGCUGUGCACGAUGUUGGAAAAAGAGUUGAAUUCAUUGGAAGAUGUUGUAAUUACACCAGACAAGAUGUUUCUUGAAGAGAAAAGGAUCAAUCAUAAAAGUUUGCCCACGGAAGAGAAGGAUUUUCAAACUCUAUUAGAUGCUUUAUUAGAGCUUUGUAGGGAAGGAACUGUGAAUGAUGUUUUAAAACAAUACAAACUUCCAUUGUGUAAAGUUCUGGAGAAAACAGAGGGCAAUAAAUACAAGUUUAAAGAAAGUUUUAUCGUAUCAGAUAUAUUGUGUAAUAAAUUAACGCAAGAACUUGGAGAUGUAAGCAAAAUGACAAUAACUAUCAAGGAGACCUUUUUAGAUAAUCGUAAUUCAAAGUUCAAUAUUCAUAAAGAAGACAUACAACUGCUGGUAAACGACAUCGUUGAACUUUUUCGGACAGGAACUAUUACUGAAAUACUAAAACAUCACAAAUUUGCAUUGAACAAUAUUUUUGCUGAACGCGAAGGUAUUGAACAGUUUAGAUUCGCAAAAUCCUUCUAUGAACAUUAUGAACUGUCGAAAGUAUCAGAGAACUUAACUCAAGUCGAGGUUACACCGAAAGAAAUGUUCCUGGAUAAAUGUUUGCCAGCAGAAGGUGAGGAUGAACAAUUGCCGUCAGAUAGCAAAGAAUUUGAGGGUUUAAAAGAAGCUUUAAGGGAUCUAUUCGAAACAGGAACGGUGGCUGAUGUUUUGAAGGAAUAUAAAGUGCCACUCAGAAAAAUCCUUGAAAAAACCGCAGAUGGGAAAAAACUCAGAUUCAAAACUAAUAAGAACGCCGUUUUAUGCAAACUGCUAGAGAAUGAUCUGGGAGAUUUGAAUACAGUUAAGAUCGAGUUGCCGUCAAUGCUGUUCGAUACUAAAAAUUCAAAAUUUAAAAAUUUUCCAAUAGCUGACAACAAUAUUCUUCCACUUAAAACUGCCAUUCAAAAUUUAUGGAAGAAUGGUGUAGUUGAUAAAGUUUUGCUCAAGUAUCAAACUCCUUUGCAGGAAAUUUUGGUGAAAAAUGAUGACGGAACAAUGAAGUUCGCCCCGAGUUUUGAUGAUCGAAACAAAAAUUAUUGCAUCCGGAUAUUGUACGAGCUGUUGAAAGCGGAUUCUGUCGAUAUGAGCUCGGUAAUAAAACCAGAAAGACUAAUAUUCAAAACUUUUGCGCUGCCUUGUUUUGACAGCGAAGUAGGGCAGCUUAAACAUUCUCUCACAAAAUUGUUCACGACAUACGAUGUGGACGAUGUGCUGAUCGAUUACCAAGUCGCAUUGAAAGAUAUUCUGCAGCCAUGCUACAAAAUUGAAUUUUCAGAAUCUUUCACGGAAACCAGUGAAGAGUUUAACAUUGGAUUGCUUUGCAAGAAGCUGAAGGAAGACAACAUUAACUGCUCGGAUAAGCAAUUGUCAAUUUAUGUGAAAAAACAGAUAUUAGACGAUGACAAUUCCGGGGUAAGACAUAUGCCAUUUUUUGUGGAUAAAACAGAUAUACAAUCCUUUUUCGAAAAAUUCGUCCUGUUGCACAGUCAACCGCAUGGUUUGUAUCCGUUGGUGGUUAGUGAGCUUCACUUGCAUAUGAAAACCUGGAUGAGAACUGACAUUUUUGGGAACUUGAGAGACAAGGACAGCAAGCUAGCAUUCGACGUAUUCGAAGAAAGUUUCAACAAAGCAUUGAAAGAUGGGACAAUAAAAAAUGAGAAAAACGUUCUACAUGAGAGAUCGCUUGAUGAUUUGAAAGGGCAGUUACAAAUUGAGUUUGAAUCAAAAUAUCCGGAGUUGAGGAAACAGUUGUACAUCAAUAGACAGAUUAGGUGUGGCAUUCCGAGUUCCCCAGAGCACGAUUUAGAGAAGAGAAGUGAUCAGAUAUUGGAGACACAUAAAAAUCGUAAUGGAGAAACUGCACUUCCAGUUUCAAUGAAGUAUGUGAAUAUAUCUGAUCAACAACUGGCCAUUGAUUUGAAAGAUAAGUUCGAGGGCUAUCCGUGCUUUAUUUUGACUGCUGACCCUGGAAUGGGAAAAACGAUGCUGCUACAUUAUAUAGCUCUUGAAAUGCAGAUUCUUGGCAUGGGAACGGUUCAUUUAGUUCAUUUGGAUAAAAUACAGAAAUCAUUGAAGGGAAUAGCAAAACACCAAGUGCUGAAUAUACUCCAACCAAUUUUAUCUCCUGGCAACUUCCAACGUAUUCUGGAUGUCACUACUUCAAAGAGAGAUGAACCAAUCACGAUAUUGUUUGAUGCGUUCGAUGAAAUUCACGCCGGUAACAAGGGUAUUGUAAUUGAACUUUUCAAAGUUCUUUUGCGAGCGAAAAGUUUACGGCUAAUAAUCAGUGGUAGGAAGCACGUUGAACAGCCUCUGUUAGAUGCUUUCAAAGCCAAGGCUUUUGAUUUGAAACCAGUUAUGCUAUUGAUGUGUCCUUUGGCAGAUGGCAGCCAAAAACAAAUAAUGAAAAGCGUUUGGAGUGGGCUCGAUUAUCAAGAAGAACAGUUUAACAACUAUUCCAAUAGAUUGCUAGGCAAAAUUGAAGUAGUUAUUCCACUGGUGGUCAAACUGUUGGCUGAGCUCUUUGAAGAGAGAUUUAAGUGUUUUUGCAGAAAAAACGUAGAAGAUCAGAAAAUAGAAUUGGGCAAACUCGAACGAAAUCGGUUUGAACAAGUAAAAAUUUAUGAAAUGUUUUUGAGCACUAUUUUUAGAACGAACGGAGCAGUUGCACAAUUUGAUGAAACUUUCUGUUUGUAUGAUGAUGCUGUUCGAGGAAAAUUGCACGAACAUUUGAUGCUGGCAAUAAAAACACUUGACGUGAAAGAAUUGAGUAAUAUUUUUGGAAAUUAUGGAAAUAGACUAAUGUAUAAUAUGUUUUGCCAAAAGUGCCUCCAGACAUCUGGGAAGUCCAUUCUCAUUGAAAUUGUUGACGGAGAAAUCAAAUUUACUCACCAAUCUUUUGGGGAAUUUUUAAUUGCUAGACAUUUAUACGACAAUCUUAGCGAUCACAAGGCAACUCUAUCAAAUAUGUUACAACGAAACGAGAAUAUUAAAAAAAAUGUUUUAAUGAUGAUUGAAAACCGUUAUGUGGAAGCUAAUGAUGAAGAUGAACAAAUGUGGUUCCAACAACAUCUUGAGGAAGCAUUCGAAGAAUGUAACGAAUUAGCAUUAUUCGCGUGUGAAAGCAGAUGUGCAGAGUUAGUGAACUUUUUUCUCAGUAAAAAAAACGAAGAACAGCUAAAGAGUUUGAAAGGCUAUGAUAAUAUGCUCCAUGUCGCGACGACAAAUGAAAGUAUCGAAAUUUGUUCCCUUUUGAUAAAUGUUUACAAGUUCGAUGUCAACAAGUCAUACAAAGCUACUUCUGCUAUCUGUAUUGCGGCUGAAAAGGGACAUACAGAGAUUGUUAAGUUGCUUCUAUCCAAGGGAGCUAAAACCAAUGCACUAAAUGAGAAAUGGUGGACACCUCUGCUUAUUGCUGCUUCCGGAGGUCACAGCGAAAUAGUGAUUUCGUUGAUUGAUGCAGGAGCUAAUAUCGAACUACCAGAGCAUAUAUUUGGUGAAACGGCAGUGCAUGUUGCUGCCUUGUAUGGAAAAGUGGAUGUUUUGCGCAUUUUGAUUGAAAAAAAGGCCGAAAUUGACGUUCGUAAUUCAUUCGGUAAUACACCUCUUUAUUUUGCUGCUUCAAACGGUCACACCGAUGUUGUGGAUCUAUUGAUUGAAAAAGGAGCAGAUACCGAACUUACGGUCCAAAGUAACGGAACGGCAAUGCAUGCUGCUGCCUUUUAUGGAGAAGUGGAAGUUCUGAAUGCUUUGAUUGCCAAAAAGGCCAACAUUCAUGCUAAAGAUGAAUAUGGUUGGACGCCUCUUCACACCGCUGCUGAACGAGGCCACUUAGAUGCAGUGAAUUUGUUGAUUGAAAAAGGAGCAGAUACCGAACGAUCGACUGAAAGUGACGGGACGGCAAUGCAUGUUGCUGCUUCAAAGGGAAGAGUGGAUGUUCUGAACACUUUGAUUGCCAAAGAUGCCAAAAUUAAUGCUCAAAAUAAUAAAGGUUGGACGCCUCUCCACUCUGCUGCUGAAAACGGUCACAUCGAUGCACUGAUUCUGUUGAUCGAUAAAGGAGCAGAUACCGAACUGUCAAAAAAAAGUAGCGGAACGGCAAUGCAUGUUGCUGCGUCUAAUGGAAACGUUGAUGUUUUGAGCACUUUGAUUGACAAAAAAGCCAAAAUUGAUGCACAAGAUUAUUAUGGUUGGACGCCUCUCCACGAUGCUGUUCAAAUCGGUCACAUCGAUUCAGUGAAUCUAUUGAUUGGUAAAGGAGCAAAUAUGGAACUAUCGAUGAAAUGUGGUCGAACGGCAAUGCAUGUUGCUGCCUUAUAUGGAAGGGUGGAAGUUUUGAGUGCUCUGAUUGCCAAAAAGGCCGAAAUUGAUGCUCGAGAUAAUUAUGGCUGCACGCCUCUUCACUGUGCUGCUCAAAACGGUCACAUCGAGGAAGUAGUUCUGUUGAUUGAUAAAGGAGCUAAUAUUGAACUGUUUAACAAAAGUGGCAAAACGGCUAUGCAUUUUGCUGCCUCAAACGGAAGACUGGACGUUUUGAGAACCUUGAUUGAAAAAAAUGCCAAAGUUGAUGCUCAAGAUAAAUAUGGUUUGACGCCUUUCCACUCUGCUGCCCAAAACGGUCACAUUGAUGCAGUGGUUCUAUUGAUUAAUGAAGGAGCUAAAUUCGAACUACCGGAAAAAUGUAACAAAACGGCAGUACAUUUUGCCGCUUCAACAGGAAGAGUGGAUGUUUUGAACAUAUUGAUUUCCAAAGAGGCCAAAAUUAAUGUUCAAGAUAAAUAUGGAUGGACACCUCUUCAUUAUGCUGCUCAAAACGAUCACAUCGAUGUGGUGGUUAUGUUGAUUGAUAAUGGAGCUGAUAUUAACCUUUCGAAAAAUUGUGGCAAAACGGCAAUGCAUUUAGCUGCCUCAAAUGGAAGAGUAAAUGUUUUGAGGACUUUGAUUGCCAGGGAGGCCAGAAUUGAUGCUCAAGAUAAGAAAGGUUGGACGCCUCUUCACUAUGCUGCUCAAAACGGUCAUAACGAAGCAGUGGUAUUGUUGACUGAGAAAAGAAAAAAUAUCGAAUUAUCGGGGGAAGUGGCAACAUAGCAACAAAUUUCGCUGCCCCAUAUGUAACAGAGGAUGUUUUGAGCACUUCGAUUUACAAUGUUAUGAAAACUCAUAUGUGAAUAUGUACGUUAUGUGUAAGAUAUUGACUUGGAAAAUGUAUUGGAGGUAACCACUUUCCCUUCGAUGGGACUCGAACCCAUGACCCUACAGAGCUUGACGAGCGCACUUUGAUUGCCAAUUUGAAAAAGUAGUAUUGGAUAAAAGAGGAAAAACAGCAAUGCAUUUCGCAGUCUUGAAUGAAAAAGCGGACACAGAAAAAAAAUAAUGUAAAGUAAACAGCGCCUUGAACUUGAUGUGCGGAAAUUUACGCUCUUUUACGAUUAAAUUACCGACUUUCCAUCAUGAUCAUCAAUAUAAUAAUUUUGACCGAUAUUUAUUUUGAAUGCCAGUUAGUUGCUAACAAUUAACUGGAAAAGUGAAGUUGAUAGCAAGGGAGAAAGAAGUUUGCUGCUCUUGUAAACUCUCAUUAAUCAUUCUAACACGAAAACGAAUAAUUAGUACAAAAUUGUGUAAAUAAUUCAUUAUUUAUCUGAUGUUUCCAUCAGAGAUUACAAAUGAUACGACAAAAGGAAAAUCAUGAGUCCAAACCGAUAAUUGAAGCAAGUUUUUCAUUCAUGAAAGACAUUGGCGUAAAUAUGGGGGGCCGGAGGGGGCCUGGCCCCCUCCAGACCUACUUGUGGCCCCCCCCAGAAAAUUUUGAAAAGUAAUUCCAACUUAGUCAGUUUUUAUUUCAUUUACAUAUUUCCUACAUAUUUCUUAAUUUUGAUUAUGAAUUCUAUAAACAUAUUUUUGCCUUUCUCGUACAACUAAGUUGUACCGAAAGGCUAUCAUUUCACUCCGAAAACGAACUUUUUAUAGGAGCCUCUGAGACCCAUAGUAUUAUAUACCAAUCGACUUAGCUCGACGAGCUGAGCACAUGUAUGUCUGUCCGUGUGUAUGUAUGUGGGUAUGUGUGUGUGUAUGUUUGUGUGUAUGUGUGUGCACAAAAGCUAUAAAAAACAUUAAACAACUUUUCGUAUAGUAAUCCUUAACCGAUUUUCUCGCAACAAGUUUCAUUCGAAAGGGGACAAAGCCUUGUUGAUCACUAUUGAAUUUUAUAACGAUCGGUCAUUACGUUUAAAAGUUAUGAAGAAAAUGGUACAUCGGAUCAUAUAAACCCCAUAUAAGGUUGGUGUCUUAACUAAAUGCGAGAAAGGCACCACCAACGCUAGGUGGAUUAAUCUGGGUUUUUGUUGCGUUAUCACAUCUAUGACCAUUUGUUCAGCAAAGCAUCGAAAUAUUUAAGUUGGACCCCCGGGAACAUUUUCUCGAUUUUUAAGCUAAAAUCAAUGCCGCUUCUAAUUCAGUUGCUAGCUUAAAAUAAUAAAUUUGUUUGACUAGUAUUCUGGUCGCAGAAACAUAAAAACAUAAUUGUAUUAAGAUAUACAUAUUUCUGUUCAAUUAAACUACCAUCCGCUGCAAAAAAGACUGAAGCAACUACAUCAAAAUGAGCACAUGUACACAAAUCCGGUCAAUGAAAUUUCGAACGACCAUUCUUUCGAAAAUCUUCGAGUUAAUUGCAAGGUAUGCCGCAAAACAGUUGAUCAAAUUCCUAUGGAGCUUUUUGCUCUCGCUAUAUAAUUCUGGCACAGAAAGAUAUAAAAUUAUAAAACUUAAGAAUCUUUGUUACAAUGACAGAAAAAUCAACAACGCAUUCCAUUGAAAGUAUUAGGACAAAACAUAGGCAACCUUCGCACUCACAACAGAGAUUGCAUUAAAGAAAUAUUUUUAUAAUCCUCUAAAGAUUUUGUACCAUUUAAUUUUUUGGCGAUUUCAUAAGGAUCAUCGGAAAACUCUUUUGUGCCUGCUUUAGUUAGAAUUUGCUUUUUAGGAUAAAAAAUAAAUUAGAUUUAGAAACCAGUUCGUAUCAGAAAACAUUUCUUUUGCAGCACAAUUCAGAUCGAUUUGGUUGCUUCUCAAGUCUCUUUGAUUUUUGCAGAGAAAUCUAUCACCUAUUUAGAAAACCAUAAUAAAGCCUCGUCCUAACGUCAGUAACUACAAAAACCCUAUGUUAUUCUGGAAAUUGAUUUAUGACUCAUAAUUGUAUGACUCAUGGAAUUUAUGACUCAUGAAAAACACUUUAGGAUUCCAAAUUUGUGUUCUUCGGUACGUAACUAUUUCAACACAUAGCAUACAUUUUGAAGUUGCAUGAAUACUUAAAUUGAUUAUGACAAAAUUUCGUGGAAUUUAUUCCACAUCUAAAGAGUUUCAAAAAUUUCAAGUUUCAAAAAAAUCGAGAUCUUUAUGCAUUAAGUAAUCAUGGAAAUGCUUGAAAACUUUCAGAAAUAUACUCAUAUCGAAUUUUAUUUAUAGAUAUUUCGAAAAAUAUUCUUGAAUCUUAGAUUACACACUUAUCCACAUUUAGUAACAUGGAGAAGACAAGUUGACACAGACACAGCGUUUUGAAGCAAUCACAGCAUCAUUGGAAAUCAAUUGUAUUAUUCGCGAUUUUUUUAUGUUGGUUCUAGGACGAAUGAGCGAUAAACUUAGUCAAACAAUUUCUAUUGCAAUCCAUACGCACAGUGCUUUAAAUCGCCUUUGAAAAUUACAUCCCACCAGCUGGUGCCAUGGCCCCCCCUAGACCGAGACUCUAGUUACGCCUAUGAUGAAAGAACAGAUACCUUGGAUUGUAAUUGUAAAAAUUAUGAUUUAAAUAAGAUUAUUGAAAAUACAUUAAACCAGGAGCAGGGAAGUAUGAAUCAUUUGUUGAGUAAUAA